GAAAAUAUUAAGGCUUAUUCUCUCUCUAGAAUUUGAAGGAGAGAGAAUAGUAAAGCCAUCCGGAGGUAGGGUUCCACUUUCUGCAGCGGCCAUUGCAUUUCGCAAAGGCAGUGGACUGAUGGACCCAGUUGUUCUUGACAAGAUCAUCGAUCGCCUUUUAGAGGUCCGAUCAGCUAAGCCAGGAAAGCUUGUGCAGCUCACAGAAUCGGAGAUUAAGCAGCUAUGCAUUGCUUCUCGCGAUAUAUUCAUCUCGCAGCCUAAUCUCCUCGAGCUUGAAGCUCCUAUCAAAAUAUGUGGUGACAUUCAUGGACAGUACAGUGACUUAUUGAGGCUCUUUGAGUAUGGAGGAUUUCCUCCACAAUCCAAUUAUCUAUUUCUUGGGGAUUAUGUUGAUCGUGGAAAACAGAGUCUAGAAACUAUAUGUCUAUUGCUUGCCUACAAAAUUAAAUAUCCUGAGAACUUCUUUAUCCUUAGGGGUAACCAUGAAUGUGCUUCUAUUAAUCGCAUUUAUGGGUUUUAUGAUGAAUGCAAGCGCCGGUUUAAUGUAAAAAUAUGGAAAUCCUUUACCGAAUCUUUCAAUUGUCUUCCUGUGGCUGCUCUUAUUGAUGACCGAAUCUUGUGCAUGCACGGUGGGCUUUCUCCUGAUCUCAAUAACCUGGAUCAAAUCCGUGAGUUACCUCGUCCAACUGCUAUCCCAGAUGCAGGUUUACUGUGUGAUUUGCUUUGGUCUGAUCCUAGUAGAGAGGUCAAGGGAUGGGGAAUGAAUGAUAGAGGAGUUUCAUUCACCUUUGGUCCUGAUAAGGUGUCAGAGUUCUUGACAAAGCAUGAUUUAGACCUGGUUUGUCGAGCUCAUCAGGUUGUUGAGGAUGGCUAUGAGUUUUUUGCGGAUAGGCAGCUGGUAACAAUAUUUUCAGCUCCAAAUUACUGCGGUGAAUUUGAUAAUGCUGGUGCCUUGAUGAGUGUAGAUGAAAACUUGUUGUGCUCGUUCCAAAUUCUUAAACCGGCUGAGAAAAAAAUCAAGUUCAUGAUGUCCACCAAAAUAUGAGGGAAUGAACAACAGCUUCCUACCCAGGAUUCAUCUAAAGCAAGAUAAAAUAAUGCUGAUGUCAAGAAGGGGGGAGGAGGUGGUAGCUCUAUUUUCACACUGUUAUCUUCUGGUUGAACAACCACAAAAUUCAUGGCUUUCCAGACAAUGUUCUUUUUAGAAAAUUUUCAUUUGUGUCUCAAUCUCAAUAAGAAAUUGCCAAAACUGUAGUCGUACUCAAUAUAUUUUUAGUUUUGUAAAAUUAUGUAGUUAUGUGUGACCACAACUCUAUUUGGAAAAUUUAAUAAUGGCUGCAUCAUGAUUCCAC